AUGUAUCAAUGUAAUGAGAUAAGAGAAGAACGCGUGCCUGAUACAUUCCUCUGCUCGAUUGCUUGCAGUGCCCAGCCAGGAGGUGUGGGCGGUGCGAGGAAUGGAAAUCGACCUGCCUUGCAACGUGACACCUCCGGAUGGCGACCAUGUCAACGCCAUCUUCUGGUACUUCGGCAGCAGCGGCGUUCCCAUCUACAGGUAACUGAUGACGCGGCAAAACCAUCUGGCACUGAGUAA